AAGAACAUGCCAGCAUGCCAAAAAUGUCUAGGUUAUGUAAUAUGUUUAUACAUUCACGGUUGUAGUUUAUAUAACUUUUUAUAUAAGUAUAUAAACUUUUACCGCUCUAGUAAAAAAGAUAAACUGAAAAAGAGGAACAAGGGCGUAGAUGUGGAGGAGAGACAACUCUUCCAUGGCACCAGUAAUGACACUGUGGAGGCCAUCUACAGACAAGGUUUUGACUUCAGGCUGAGUGGAACUGCUUCAGGUACAGCUUAUGGAAAAGGCAGCUACUUUGCAACCACUGCCAAAUACUCAAACUGCUACACAGACAGACAGAAGGAAACCAUGGGGAUGUUUAUUGCUAAGGUGCUAGUGGGAGAUUACACAAAGGGAGAUAAAUCAUACAGCAGACCCCCACAGAAAGACCCACAUGAUCUGUCGAGUCCUUUGUACGACUCUUGCGUUGAUAGUGUUAUAGAUCCAAAGAUUUUUGUUAUCUUUGAACUCGGUCAGGUGUACCCAGAAUACUUGAUAAAAUACAAGUCUGAUUUCUCCCCGUAGUUUUUGUGCUAUAUUUCAAGAUGAAAAAUAUGAUUUCAUCGAUUCCAAAGCAUCUUUCGAAUUUAACCUAAGGAAUGAAAAUAUCACUUUUAAGCACUACUUUUUGAAAAUCCAUUGUAGUACCUUUCCCUAGAUCAAAACUAACACAUCACUUUAAAACCAGAAAUUGUUGCCAAUAAUUUGAUAUUAAUGAAAGGUUGCUUAAAUUUAAAUAACGGUUUUUUUUGUGGAAAAAAUGACAUUUUAUUAGAAAUAUUGUAAUCCUAUUCUUCAAACGUUUUAUUGAACUUUAAAGCUGAAUGUUCGAACAUUUGCUUUCGUACAAAACAAAUUACAGACGAAAACAACUGCUCAAACAUUUGUUAUGUUAUACAAAUAUAUUAUCUAUCACAUGUAUUCAAACAGUUUGACUUUGUAAUACGAACUUCCCUUAAGAUUAACACAAUAUUCACUGAUUUUUUUUAUCCCCAACGCCUCAAAUUUUUUCACCAACCUAGCGUGGUCUUCACUCUUUAUCAGUAAAACGACCCGUCUUCAAGCAAAUUAGACUAGUAUCUGACAGUGAAUAAUAAAUGAAUACUCAUGUAUCAUGUAACAAACUCUAAAACUAUGAAAACUGUUUUAAAUCCAAUGAUAAUCCGCAAUUCUUUUGCUAACACGUUUGAACUUUCAAAUUUUCAUUCAAUAAAUGGCGGCGUAGUAAUUUGGUCAUGUAUUCAUGCCCAGUUUAAUUUAAAAGUACAAUUGUGCAUUAACUGUUAUAUUUUGGAACAUAGUUGCAUUAGUAAAACUUCAUUUUUAAUGUUCAUUAACAAUUUAAAUUAAAACAAAAACCCGACUCAACAAUAAACUAUAAAAAACACUUUUACGGAACUUUUUAUCCACGAACCGAAAAUAAACAAUGACAGUUAUCAACUGUUGACUUUGAUUGAGGGGCAUCCCAUGGGUAGCGGCGUAACCAACUCUCUUUUCAAGGGGGGGGGGGGGUAUACAGAAAAAUUCCGAAAAUAACCAUAAAAGAAAUAGACCAUUGUGUUGAUUUCAGUGUAAGAUCGUAUUUAAUUUCACUCGUGAUCAUGGCAAAACAAUAUUUUCUAUGACACUCGUGAUAUAAAAUACGAUCGUACACUGAAAUCAACAUAUAUCCUCUAUGUAUAUCAUUGAUACAGUCAUACGGUAAUAUAUAUAAGUGUAUCAAACCUCAUCAUGUUUGACUUCAUAUUGAUUCUUUAGCAGUCGGUGUAAUUAAUGAUCAUUUUAAUAUUAAAACAUUGGGUGAUUGUUGUCAAUAAUUAUGGUUUUGUUGUUCCUAAUAGCUAAUUUAUUGGUCCCAUCCAUUCUAAGUAGUCACACUGUCCGUUCGUCCGUGUCUACGCCCGUUUCACUUGAAUUAAGAUGUGAUUAAUCUAUUUAGACCAAACUUCAUAUAAAUGUCCAGCAGUAUGGGAUGCUGCUUCUCACAUGACACUUAUACUCUCGCCUCAAUGGUCAAUGUUAUACUUUGAUGUCAACUGGCUAUCACUCGGACUAGACCUGAUCGGUGGCAUUUAUCACAUUCCUGUGAUAGCUUUUUUAUCCAAUUGCUUAUGUUUAAAUACAUUUUUGCUCAAUAAAAUGAGUAAGUUUAAGAGCAUAAAAUGUGCUUAAGUAAUUAUUGAUUUAAACACUCACAAAGAAAGACAUAUUGAACGUAAUUAAUAAGGUUUAUUAAGAGUUAACACAUGCUUUGAUAGGUAAACAUAUUUUCUGGAAGAUAUUGUUGCUAGGCAACCAAAGAUUUUUUUCAAAACCAAGCAAAUAUUCCACACCCAUUUCCAAGAAAAAAACGCAUUUACAAUAUGGAUGGAAUACGUUUACCAUCAUUUAAAUAUAUAAACAGGGUACACAAGCUAAAAUGUUUAAAAAAUCUCCAACUACAGUGAAACGUUAGGGAAAACAAAGAAUUGUUAGAUUGGCUUAUUAACCAAAUUUAGAAGAAGAAUCCUGUUCUUAAAAGUAACAUUUAUUGAUAAUAUGAUAAAUGUAAUUUAACAACUCAUUUACGUACUUGAGUCAUACAGCUUUUAAGUGAAUAACUAAGAAGUGAACAUAAGUUUCUUAGGGACGUAGCAUUUUAUAAGUGUGUUGCUAAGCAACCAUGAAAUAUGUAAAAGUUUCCCUUAUUGAAUAUGGAAAAAUAAAAAAAUAAACUAUAUGCCAUACUCGGUUUAAAAAGGAUAGGAUCAGUAAUACUUAUUUUACAAUGUUAAAAAGU